AUGCAAUGGCCUUCCUCCCAGCAUAACAUACCUGUCAGGAAAGAGCGUCUGCCCGAUCCCGGGUCUUACCGACAUGAGCAAUCCACACUAGACAACUUAGGCGCAGCUGGUAAACCCCAACAUAACAUCAAGAACUUAAACAGACCGUCCUCGAGAUACAAAAAGAGGCGCGAAACAAAGCAAGCAUCUCCGAUCGCCGAUCGUACCCUAACUCGCCAGCUCGCUGGUCCUCUGAACCUUCAUCCCGAAAGCCUCUUGUCGCUGGCCGAGGUGAAUAAGAAGGCUAUCUCUCCGAUCAACGACAACCAUGGCGUUCUGCCCGAGCAAGCGGGGCAACAACAACCAAUGAUUGAUUUCAUGGCUCAAACUUCGACGGUCGACCCCCAAACAGGCAUCACGCUCAAUGUGGGUAUACCUUGCAUUGUCGUCCAUCAUGGUGGGCCCCGAAUCAAAGCGUGUAUACAGUACAUUGGGAACGUGGAGGGUUUAGUGGGCCCUCGAGUAGGAGUGAUUUCAAAAGACUUCAUCGGCACUAGUGUUCCAGCAUUAUCGACGGGCACGUAUCUCGGACGCCACUAUUUCGAUGUGCCUCCAGAUGAUGGCAAAGACUUCGCAUCAGGCCGCACUUGUGCGGAGUUGGACCUGCAAGAUUCUCCGGAGCGAAUCAAUCACAAGGCGCCCGCGACUGCCCGCUAUUGCAGAGCAUUCUUCGUUCGACCUUGCGAUAUCUUGGUCGUCCUCGGAGGCGCCCUGUAG